UUGCCUCCUCACACACACACACACACACACACACACACACACACACACAAUUUAGAUCUCACUGUUUUUCCUUCCUUCCCAAGCAAAAUAUCCAAUUAAAGUAGCCUUUGACACACUACCUUUCAUUUCAUUGAUGUAUAAACAUGUAUGCUGAAAAUUUAAGCUUCUAAAGAAACUUUUCACCAAACUUCAAGAAAAAAAACCUUUCAUGUUUACUUAUAUUUAUACUACUACAUGCAUCAACACACUCACUUUAAAAAUCACCCUUCUAUUUUCCACUCCUUUCUCACAAAAUAUGGUGAUGAUGAAACAUCAUAUUCUUUCUCUCCCACUUCUUGUAAUGAUUUUUUGCUCUUCCACUACCAUUUUAGCUCAGAAAACACCUGCUCCGGCACCAGAGGAUGCAGGCCCAACAGACAUUAUCAGAAUCCUCAAAAAGGCCGGAGGGUACACCACGCUAAUCCGUCUUCUCCAGACAACACAAGUGUCCACCCAAAUCGACUCUCAACUCUUAAACUCGAACGGUGGUUUAACCUUGUUUGCGCCGAAUGACAAUUCUUUUUCGAGCCUUAAACCUGGUUUUCUCAAUUCGCUUAGCGAUGAACAAAAGAACAAGUUGAUCCAAUUCCACUUGCUACCUACAUUUGUAUCCACGGCAAAUUUCGAUACUUUGAGCAACCCUGUGAGAACACAAGCUGGUGAUGACACUUUUAGGUUGGGACUGAAUGUAACAAGUUCAGGAAACCAAGUGAACUUAACAACAGGUAUUGUGAAUGCCACGGUUGGCGGCACUGUUUACACCGAUCGCCAGCUCGCGGUUUAUGAAGUCGACAAAGUGCUUCUUCCUCGCGAUUUCUUUGUUGCUAAACCUCCAGCACCGGCUCCAGCACCUGAAAAAGCUAAGGCAUCGUCGUCUAAGAAGAAAUCUGCUGAUAACGAUGUAGUUGCAGGAGACGAUGAUUCUACUUCUGCUGCUAGUGUGAAACAGCGGUGUCUCAUUUCUGUUCCUGUUGCAGUUGCUACAAUUAUAGUAGCAUUAUUUUCAUGGUGAAGAAGAUUAUAUAUCAAAGUUUAAAGAUCAUGCAACUGGGGUGGAUUAAUUGAUCUACAUUUUGCAGAUUUAUAUAUAAUGCUCUUUCAAUGAUUGUGUUGUUAAUUUUUCUUUAUUUCUUAUUUCUCAUAUGUAUGCUGGUGUUAUAAGAAAAAAUGAAUCUAUGCAAAAUUGAGAAAGCUUCAUAUGAAAAAAUUAAAUAUCUAGAACCUAUGUUAUUAGGAAAAAUCAUCUCAAUGAUAUAUAUGUUUUUUUUGAUUUUGUACAAGACCACCACUACAUUAUGCUAAAAUCUUAUGAGAGUAGGAGUGGGAUGAAUUGAUUCCAAGACCAAUUAUGUUUGAAAUUCUGUAUGGUAUUUGUUUAACUAUGUAAUGAUACAAAGUAAGUGACCAUAUAUGAGUUGUUUACUUUGAUUAUGUUGCAUGUUUUAUUUUUGUUAAUUCAGCUACUUUAGAAUAUUGGUUUUCUUGUGUUUAUAUUGUGAUUUCAUAUAUAUAUGAAUUGGUUUAGAGUC